AUGAUCGGUGCGCUUCAGGGGUUUCCGAGAUUCAAAAUCUUAAAUUGGCGGGUUGCUCACGCUGCUCCAGGCGAAAUCCGCGCAGAGUACUCGAGCAUUGUACCGUGCGAGUACUCUAACGUCAUCUACCUAUCGCCCCCCUCCGACGCGUCGCCGCAACUCCGUCACAAAUGCAAGCACACGUGCAGCAUUCAGCAUGUCUUCGCCAACCUUUUCAGGUGUUUGACGAGCAACACUACUCAUGUGUGCGACAGAAACUGCAACCAGAAAAUACUUAUAAGACCAUGUGGUCUAGAAUUCGGGGAUUUGGGCUGGGAGUGGCCUCCACCACUUGCUCUCGGAUCUCGCCAAGCUUCCGUGCUUAUCUUCUUACUUGUUUCUGUGCGCGCUGACUUUCGCUCGCGGCGUGUAGCUAUUCUUACGAGUUUUUUGAUUGAUCAAAUUAGCGUCGAACCUUUAGCGGCGCGUAGGGAGGCGGAAUACUUUGCCGUCGGGCAAACGCACUGCGUUGAACGUUCGAGAGGCCCAGAAAGGUUGGGAGGGCGACUGUGCUUGGCGCGAGGGGUGGGCAGCAUGUCGGGCGCGUCGGUGACGAUGAACGUGAUGCUCGCGGUGCACUGCAAGCGCGCCGCGCCGCUGGAGCUGCAUCGCCACCUUAAGGCGUACAUCCGUUCGCAGUACUCCGACCGCCACGCCACCGACGCCGACGACGACCUCCAGCUGGUGCAAGCAUGGCGGCGCGAGAUUGAGAAAGGCAGCAGCGAGUCGCUGGAGGCGCGGCGCGAGGUGCUGCUCAAGUACAUGCGCGCGCUGACGGUGAUGUCGUCGCGCUUCCCCAUCGCGCCCGACACGCAGCACCUCAACCAGCUCAACUUCACGUGGUUCGACGCCUUCGCCAGCUCCAAAAAGGCGUCCCAGACGAACAUCCACUUCGAGCGCGCCGCCAUCGCCUUCAACAUCGCCGCCACGCUCUCGCAGAUCGCGCUGGCGGCGGACCGCUCCACGGCGACGGGGCUCAAGGCGGCGUGCAACGCGUUCCAGGCGGCGGCGGGCGCGUUCGCGUACCUGCGCGACAACAUCAGCGGAAAGGCGCUGGCGGGCGGCGGAACGUGCACGACGGACAUCGCGGGCGAGACGGCGGGGAUGCUGGAACGGCUGAUGCUGGGGCAGGCGCAGGAGUGCUUCUACGAGAAGGCGCUGGGCGAGGGCAAGCCCAACCAGAUCUGCGCGCGCAUCGCGCAGCAGGUGGCGAUGUUCUACGAGGAGGCGCACGCGGCGCUGCUGCUGCCGCCGCUGUCGGCGCACUUCGACCGGCAGUGGGUGGCGAACGUGCUCUUCAAGGCGCGCCACUUCCACGCCGAGGCGCUGUACCGCGCCGCGCUCGACCUGCACGCGCGCGAGGAGGUGGCGGAGGAGAUCGCGCGGCUGACGCACGCCAAGGCGCUGCUGGCGGAGGCGCGCAAGGGCAGCAAGGGCGUGAUGCAGCCGCUGGUGGACGCGGUGAUGAAGCUGGAGGGGCACGUGCUGGCCAACCUCGCCAAGGCCGAGGCCGAGAACGACCGCGUCUACCUCUACCGCGUCCCCGCCUACGCCUCGCUUCCGCCCAUCGCCGCCGCCGCGCUCGUCGCCGCGACGCCGCUGGCGCCGCUGCUGGACGCGACGGGCGAGCGGCUGCUGGCGGGGCUGGUGCCGGACGGCAGCGCCAAGGAGCUGUCGCGCUACACGGACAUGGUGGACGGCAUCAUCCGCUCCCAGGUGGAGCGCAUGGAGCGGUCGAGCGAGGAGGCGAAGGCGCGGCUGCGCGAGCUGGCGGUGGCGGACGUGCUGGUGGCGCUGGACGGCGACCUCGCGCCCUGGGUGCCCGCCAAGCUGCGCGACGACGUGGAGGCCGUGCACGUCAGCGGGGGGCCCGCGGGGCUGCCGGGGGAGCUGGCGCAGCUGCACGACCUGCGGCGCGUGAACGAGGAGCUGCUCGUCGCCGCCGAGGAGACGCUGCAGCUCGAAGCCGCGGACGACGCCGCGCUGCGCGCGCAGUUCGGCACGCGGUGGGCGCGGCCGCAGAGCAGCACGCUGACCAAGAGCCUCAAGGAGCGCGCGACGGCGUUCGCGGGCAACCUGAAGCAGGCCAAGGAGAGCGACGCGCGCAUCGAGCGCGACCUGCGCGACUGCUCCGACAUGCUGGGCGUGCUGGGGCACAGCAAGGUGGAGGACGCCCUGCCGCGCAUAUCGCGGCCCAUCCUGGCAGUGCAUGGGGACGACCAUGCCCUCGUCGCCACCAUCCGUCAACUGCUCGCGGAGCUGGAGAAGGUGGGGGCGCAGAGGGCGGGGUUGGAGGAGGGGCUGCGGGAGAUGAGGGCCAAGGACAACAUCCUGCCGCAGCUCAUGAACGCGCCAGGCUCGCACGAGGAGCUGUUCAAGAAGGAGGCGGGCAAGUACGACGCGCUCUGCCACCAGGUGGACGCCAACAUCGCCCAGCAGCGCUCCUCCAUGCAGCAACUCGAGGCGCAGUACCAGCUGUUCUCACAGGCAUUCAACAUCCCCGAGUGGAAAGCGGAGGUGGGGCGGGUGGUGAAGCGCAUGGAGGGGGCGGUGAGCAAGUACCAGGAGCUGCGCUCCAACCUCAACGAGGGCCUCAAGUUCUACGUCGCCCUGCAGGACGCGAUAACAGCGUUGAAGCAGCAGUGCAGCGACUAUGUGAUGACGCGCAACAUGCAGAAGGCUGACCUCAUCGCCGACCUGCAGCGCCACCUCGCCGGCCUCUCCCUGCGCGACCAAGCCCCCCCCGCCGCCGCCGCCGCUCCCGCCCCUCGUGCUGCAGCUGCGCCCGCGCAGGUAGCAGCGCCGGCAGGGGGGAGAUCACCGGGGGGUGGUGCAUACCUGGGGGCACCGCAGGGGGCGGCAGCAGCGGGUGGGCAGGGCCGGCCUGUGAGCCCCAAGGGCGGAGGGGGCCCGCUGCAGUUCCUGCAGCAGCACCUGCCCUUCUUCAACAACCAGAACCAGCAGCCCCCGCCCCAACCGCCCCACCCCGUUGCCCCCGCAGGCGCUUAUGCACCCCCUGCUGCUCAACCCCCUCAGUAUGCAGCAGCCGCAGCAGCAGCAGCAGCAGCCGCCGCCGCCGCAGCAGCAGCAGCAGCAGCAGCAGCAUGCAGGCGGGCAAAUGGGCAGCAGGCAGCGGCGCCCCAUGGUGGGUACUACUCCACGGGGCAGCCUGCCCCCGCCCCCGUGUACGGGCAGGCGCCAGUGCAGCAGGGCGCACAGGGGCAGGCGCAGUGGAGCGGAGGGUACCACCCCCAGGCGUACGGCUCCCAUGCACCGCAACAAAUGCCGCCGCCCAACCCCUACCAGUACCCCCCUUCUGGAGGUUACUGA